CCCGUAUUAAGUAUCUGUUAGCAUCAUUAGCUUUUAACUCUUCACUUGCUGUCACUUACUGUUGUGUUUGUCAUGGCUCAAGCGGGAAAGCUGAGGUCAUGUCCUCACAUCCAUGGGAGUGAAGAAACAUUUCAGUAAAAAAGAAAAGGAAGUCUUAACUUUCAGUUCAUCUUAUGUUACUGAGAGCUAUUUAAAAUUCGAGGCUAUCUGUCUUGCUGUGUAUUGAAACAUAGUAGGGGAGGACUGCAGCACUGUCUGACAAAACAUUUUAAGAAAUUUUUGAUUGAGUUAGAGGAGAUCAUUUUCGAGUAACACUUAUGUAAUGAUAAUACCUAAACCUAAGGCAAUAAAGGAAGGAGUGAAAUCUGCCUCUUGUCAGCGUUUACGAUGAGAAGCACUUGCAUGAUUAGAUGUCUUGCGAUCGAUGCAGCCUCUUCUCCCAAUCAUUAGGACUGCUCUUAACAGAUUACAGCCCCCUCCUAAACACAGUCUUUUCUCCUCCUCUUCCUGCUCCUCCUUCUGUCCCACAUAUUCUCUCUUUCCCCAGAUGAAAGUGGGGCUACCUUCACACAGUUCUUCGGCUUUGCUUCAUAAUUUCAACCAUUUGAAACCUUUUUAUUCCAUUUUAAGUUGCAGAACACCCUUUAAGUUUUGAGAAGAACCUAUCUGAUACCACCUGCGCUCCACUGAUGACCAGAUGAUGCGACAGAGGAAUAAAAAAGAGUAGACCCAUGUACAAGUGUUGGCAAUAGACUUCCAACAGUAAAAAUGGACCUGCUUUUGUUUCCCUGUCACCUCCUGCUUCUGUUGUUUGAUCUCUCUGCAGCCACAAGCCUCAUAACAGGUAAGUUCAACACUGAAAAAAAGGACGAGAAAACACAUGUAAGGCAUAAAAUCUUGAUGUAAUGACAGAUUUAUGUCUGAUCUUUGUCAUGCCAUGACCUUCUAACCACAUGCUGGAUGUUUGGGUUUUGAAGCGGACAUAUUUGAAGCCAGAGGUAAGUGCAUGAUAACACAACUCCUAAAAGUAUCUUCAAAGUAGAGAGCAUGAAAACUGGAUAAUACGACCAGAUGAUUUUAGAGCCAGUUGAAAGCAGUUGUAGCACUCUGUUUGAGUUAGAAGUAUUGGAGAGACUUUUGAGAAAGACAAGUGUAUUGGGCAGCAAGAAAAUAGCCAUGAUGAGGUACGGAAGCAUCAAUGUGAGUUUCCCUGGAUCUCAAACUGAUAAGAGAGGUUUGGUUUUGGAGACAUUUAGGAGUUAUUUGGUUGUUUGGACUACUAUUCAUUAGAUAGGAUAUGUAGUUCUAGCUUUGACAAAGGAUUUUAAAUUGGAAGAUACGACUAAAAGGUUUUAAAAGUUGGAAAGGGGAGAGAGGACAACCUGAGAUUUGGUUUAGUUUUGAAGAAUUUGUGAGCUGGUUUUAAUUGUCUUAAGGUCUGAUAGGCAAAUACAGUUGAGUGUUGUCAGCAUAUAAAUGGAAUUAUCAUGUUCUAUCUUAAUGUCAUUUCAUUAUCCCUUAAAUGUCACGCAAGCAGUCUUUCUGGGUUUGUUGGGUGGUAUUAUGCAUCAAUUUGGUAAGCAGAUUGUGUUGCAUAUCAUCAGCAUAUAAAAAGAAGUUGUAUGUCAGUGUGAUGUCACCCAGAGGGAUAAAAAAUUGGAGAUAAGGUCAGAGCCAAUGAUAAAUCUUGUUUAGCAGCUGCUCUUGAUGUGUGACCAUUUCAAAAAUCAAAUCAUGAAAGUAGAUGUUUCUCAUAUGAUCCUUGCAGGUCAACGUGUGUGCGAGGCAGAAAAAGGGAAGCCGUGUUACAAGCUGGCUUAUUUCUCUGAGAUUCGGCGGAGGCUUAACUUUGUGGAGGCGGAGCUCGCCUGCGAACGGGACGGAGGGCAGCUGCUGAGCGUGGAGUCAGCCUCCGAGCAGAAGAUCAUAGAGCAGCUCAUAACAGAGCUCCGCCCCACUGAUGGAGACUUUUGGAUAGGGCUUCGUCGUAACCAUGGAAAUGAGGACAGCAGCUCAGACUGCUCUUCACAGUACUACUGGGUGGACGGCAGCAAGUCCACCUUCAGGUGGGUGGGAGUUUGGAAGGCAACAGACGAGACAUCUGAGAAUUUUUGUGCAAUUCAGUUGAGUAUAGAAUAGAUUUUCACAGGUCAAAUAAAUUCAAUUUAACUUAGUUCAGUUCACUUUUACUAAAUUCAAUACAAUUUAUUAAUGUAAGCUGUACAAUAUGAGAAAGAAAGCAGACUUGUUAGUGUUUGACAUUUUUGAACAGUGCCUAAUGUGAUAAUGGAAAUAAUGAUAAAAUGAACAGUGAAGAUAUGAACAUUGAUUAAAAAGUUGACAGAUUGUUUUAAAACUUUAUUUUCAUACUAAAGCAUUUUAAACGUGUCUCUUCCAUAGUCAGCAUAAAUUUUUGGGUUUGUAAAGGGUUAUUUUCUUAAAUGGCGGUCACUUUAACUAAUGACAUAAAAGUAGAUUUAUAUUAACGAAAGGCUAUUACACUGAGGCUGAGGAUGAAGGUUUUUGGACUUCCUCAAGGUAAAAAAUUUUUGUGCAUCACAAUGGAAUUUAAUGUAAAUGCAAAGACACAAAUAGAUGUGAAAUCUUUUCAUAUAAUUAAUGUAGUUCACUUUGCAAACUUAAAAGUCUUGUAUUUAUGCAAGCUGAAACACAAUCCAUACACAAACUUUGCCCAAAUUAAAACUUGCAUCAUCAAAAUACAGUUAGGGAUUUUAUAACAAGAUUUAAAAUCUUAACAAACCGUCACUGCCAGCUUCCACACUUGCUAUAGUUUGAAACAGUAGAAUUUGCAAUAAUACCAAAAAAUUUUCAAGUUUAAUUAUUACCUACUUGCACUGUUUGUUAUUUUUUUUUAAAUGCUUCAGAAAUGCUUGCUUUGUCAAGCUAGCUGUUCAUGCCUAAUGUGUUUUUCCUAGAAACUGGCACUGGGAUGAGCCAUCAUGCGGCUACGAGGUGUGUGUGGUGAUGUACCACCAGCCGUCCGCUCCCCCUGGUCUAGGAGGCCUCUACAUGUUUCAGUGGAACGAUGACAAUUGUGAAACUAAAAACAACUUUAUCUGCAAAUACACUGGAGGUACUGCUGGCUCAAGGUUUCAACCUUUUUUUAUUCAAAGAUACCAGAAAAUUAUUGAUUGUGAGUUAUACUCUCUACAGAAAGGCCACAGAUCCCUUCGCCUUCUCCCAACGCCACUCUAACAAGUAAAAUAUGCUCAUCUUGGAUUGUGAUUAAUUUUCAGUAUUGUACUUUGAAGACAUUGAAGGUGCUUUGAAAGUAAGGAUGGUCAUCAUACAGCUUGCUUUUCUUUUAGAUGUCUUCCCUUCAUCUGUACUCCCAUGGAAUCCCAAUAACAACAAGGAGGGUGGAAGCACAGGUGAGGUGACUCCAGAUACCUGUUCAUAAACCUGUUUCUGAUCAAAAGAAAAAUGACGCUGUCAUAUCUGAAAGCUCACACAUCAUUCAUUGAACAUGUAUUCCUCUGUCUAUUUGUCUUUGUUAGCUGUGAAUUUGGUUUACAUCAUCAUUCCUACCAUUCCCCUGUUACUGCUUUUACUGACGGUGACUGGAGUUUGCUGCUUCAAAGUGCUCGCGAGUCGGUGAGGAUCCAAAACACAUGCAGAUACUAAACACUACAGACAUACAGUUGUUUUACUGAUGGUUUUCAAUAAUCAUUAAAGUGUUUGUUUUAGUAACAAAAUCUAAUGCCUAUUUAUAUAUAUUAUUGUCUUUUUUUAAACCAAAACCAAAAAUGCUAAUGGCGUCCAAGCUCAAAAAUGCAUUGGGUUACUUCUUUAAAAGACUUCUAAAUUUCCUGAGUAUGUUGGGCUCUGUAGCUGUUAAGAGACUAUUUUUGGCUGUGUAUUAAAACAUGCAGGUAGCCUAAGCAUGAAAUCUGGACAAUAGAGGUAGCACAUGUUUAAAAAUAACUACAUUACCUAUUUUUUGAAUUAAGAAAAUUGUCACAAAGUGCAAUAGUAUGGAUAGUUAUUGUGUUUUGAUAGUUUAUUGGAUAGAAAUUGCGCUUUAGGACAUGAACAAGUAGACACAAGUACAGCUCGCCACUUCAGAGGACCUCUUGAAUCUGCAGCACCCUUAAGUCUUUAUUGGCAUCAUGGUGAAGCGCAGGAGUCUGUAUGUAAACUGUUUGAGGUGUCUUUGUUGUUUACAGGGGGAGAAAACAACAGAAAUCUGAAGUGUGUCAGACAGAACUAGGCCUCGAACACAGCACGGCGCCAGCUGAUGUCUACAAUGUGAUUCGCUCCCAGAAGGAUGAUGAUCUGGUUGGUGCUCGUCCGCAAACCAAAAACACUUCCUUUCUUUGCUCCUCACCUGACACUCCUACAGGUGACUACGACAACCUUGGGGGCCGGGACACAGAGAGCGGCUUUGUGACACUCGCUAGCACAGAGAGCUGCUUCCUUAACUUUGAACUCAAUGAUCUCAGCCUGGGGCGUCGAGGGACCCGGGACUUUUACGACACUAGCCUGGGCCGCUCUGGAAAGAGGGACCUGAAGGACAGUGGUCUAGGCUACACUGGGCAGAGAGAGUUUUAUGACAGGAGUUUGGGUCGUCGUACCACAAAGAGUGAGCACUACAGUAGCAGUGUCUAUGGAGACCACGGGCUGUACGACGGCAGCAUCAGAGGAGGGAGUGACCUGUAUGACUCUAAACUGAGGCCUGGGAGUCACACAGUAAAGGCUGAUCUCUAUCAGACUUACAUCUCCAACGGCAAAGAGGACACCUACCUAACCAGCCUUGGGACUUAUGGAAACAGAAAAUCCUACCAAACUAAUCUGGAUUGCUACAGAAAUGGUUUAAAUCUGGAUGGUGGAAGGAGAUACUUCAAUGAACAAGACUGGAUCAAUAGUAGAGAAAACUACUGA